GGCCAGAGCUCGGUCUGUUGUCUGCUCUGUGGGUGGAAGUCAUUUUUUUCAUCCAGACUCCAGGCUGGGAGGGAAGAGCGGAGGAAUAAUGGAGGAUCUGGGUCUUUCUGAGGACAAGGAGCAGCUUCUGUAGCGGAGAGCAGCGGCUCCUUCAGGUCUCUGACGGACCAGGAAUGCCCGCCUGAGGCGCAGCGCCGACGACAACGUUCCUUUGUUCAGCGUUGCGCUCAGCCUCCUCAUUAUGAACCACACCCCCAGCCCCCACCUAUCUGACGGCGGCAAGUCGGCCGGAGGCAGCCUCCUCUGCAGCAUGGGUCUGGGGUCAGACAGAGGGAUCCGCUCUCCGGACAGCCUGGCUCACACUCCCAGCCCCACAACGCCCAGCUCCAGCCCCCCGCUGCUGCUGUCCCCUGGACUGGGAGGCCUCGGCCUGGGUUCUCUGGGAGAGGCAGCAGGGGGGGACUGGGAAACCAGAGAGGAGCUGAGGCUCAGGGAGCUGGAGGAAGCUCGGGCCAGGGCAGCGCAGAUGGAGAAGACCAUGAGGUGGUGGUCCGACUGUACGGCCAACUGGAGGGAGAAAUGGAGUAAGGUCCGUGCUGAGCGGAACCGAGCCCGGGACGAGAUCCGGCAGCUGAGGCAGCGGCUGGACAUCCUGACCAAGGAGCUCACCGGUGUCCGGAGGGAGCGGCAGGAGCUCGCCGCCGAGAACGAGGCACUGCGACAGGAGACCCUGUGCCUCCGGGGAGACGGAGCAGCUCCCCCUGCUGAGAGGACGCCCUCCGACCCUUUGUCGCCCCACCAUCACAGUGCCUCCUCUGCGCCCCCCUCCUCCCCUGCAUCUUCCCUCGCUUCCUCUAAGGUCGUAGCUGACUCUAAGCCAGAGGAGGGGUCCCCAGGAUCCCCGGAAGCAGAACCAGUGAGGGACGUUGACCUGGACGGACAGAAGAUGGGUCAGCAGAAGGACAAAGAGCUGCUGGAAUCGGUUUUGCAUUGUGGGACAGCCGAUUCUGACAGCCAGGACUCCUGGAACAGUCGUGGCAUCAGUGCAGCCGGGUCGCGAUCAUGCUCGUGUUUGGGCCGGCAGGACCGGAACCGGCAGCUGUGGGAGGACGUGAGCCCGGCAGAGGAAGACUCCAGCAAGCUCAACGCCCUGCAGCUUCGUCUGGACGAGUCCCAGAAAGUCCUGCUGAAAGAGAGAGAAGACAAGAUGGCGCUGAGCAGGAGCAUCGAGAGGCUGGAGGCGGAACUCAGCCAGUGGAAACUGAAGUAUGAGGAGCUCAGUAAGAGCAAACAGGAAGCCCUCAAACAGCUCAACCUGCUGAAGGAAAUCCAUCAGGAUGAAAUGGGUCGCAUCUCUGAAGACCUGGAGGAUGAACUGGGAGCGCGGACCAGCAUGGACAAGAAACUGGCCGAGUUGCGAGCUGAGAUGGAGAGGCUACAGGUGGAGAACGCUGCCGAGUGGGGGCGCAGGGAACGCCUGGAGACGGACAAGCUGGCCCUGGAGAGGGACAACAAAAAACUGCGAGCUCAUGUGGAAGACCUGGAGGAGCAGUUGGCGAAGAAACGCCGUCAGGCCGCCUCGGCACUGGACUCGGACCUGAAGGCCAUCCAGAGCGAGCUGUUCGAGAGGAACAAGGAGCUGGCAGAUCUUCGCCACAUUCACGCAAAGCUCAAGAAGCAGCUCCAGGAGAAGAUGGCAGAGCUGGCCCACGCCAACCGGAGGGUGGAGAGCCACGACGCCGAGGUCAAGAAGCUCCGUCUGAGGGUGGAGGAGCUUAAGAAAGAACUGGGACAAGCAGAGGAUGAGCUGGAUGAGUCUCAUAACCAGAGCAGGAAGCUGCAGCGAUCUCUGGAUGAGCAGGUGGAGCAGACGGAGAACCUGCAGGUCCAACUGGAACACCUGCAGUCAAGGCUGAGGCGGCAGCAGCAGAGUCCCAGUCUGUUUGGAAAGAUCCGAUCCGCUCGCUUCGGGACGGAAAACGCGGAUGGGCCGAGGAAUGACAUCGAUGACGAAGAGGAGGAGCUGCAGAUUCCAUGACCGAUCCACAAACCGCCAUGAACAUCAGGAGAUGUUCCUAGACUGAAGUCCAGAUCCUGGUCCACCCGACACCGGCUGGUUCUGAUCCAGCUGCAGCAUUCUUAGGAUGCCAAACAAAGCUGCUUGGAAUGAUUCAGCAAAAACCAGCAAUGGUCAUAAAAUCACCGACCAAUCAGAGCCUUUCUUUAGACCUCACCCUAAACAAAGCGCCUUCAUCAUUGGAAACAUAGAUCCACAACACGCAGAUGACACCCGUGGUUCCACCUCCAUCAUAGCGUUUGAUAAAAGCAGAACCUCUGAUAUGGAUCUGACAGGUCUGACAGGUCUGACGGAUCUAAUAGG